UCCCCGAAAAGUGAAAGUAGGUUUUGCGUAGAAAAAAAUGGGUAUAUGUUUACCGUGUUUAGGAGGACAGGCUGAUGAUUAUGACCAACCAAGUCCGGAAACCAGGAGGAGACAGAUGGCUGAAGCAGCAGAAAAGAGGAAGAGAGAGGACGAAGGGAGGGGUGUUAAAGACCCUGAGGCGUUAAAACGUAAACAGCAGAAAAGGGAGGAGAUAGAAAAGAAGGCGGAGCAGUCAGGAGGGGGAGGAGUGGAGGCGGGGCUAAGGUGGCAAGUAAGCUAAGAGAAAAAGAACUUCUUAAAAGAGGCAGCAUUCUCAGCAGAAUUGGUAAUUGGAAGAGAGAAAUUAAGUUGAACAAAUGUGGACUGUCAUACUUUUAGUCAGUCUAUCAUGAAGCCAGGUAGACAAUUAACAAAGUUAAUAUUUUAAAAAGAACCCUUUUUCAAUGUGGCCUAACGUAAUGUCAAGAAAAAAAUUGCUUGUAUAUGUGCUUUAUUUAUACUACAACCAAUAUGGUUAGGAGAUACAUGUAUUGAUUACUAGUAUACAUAUGUGAUGGAUAUUAAUGUGAUUGAAAUUUUUUAUGUAUGAAGUUUAUUUGUUAUUUUA